AUGGGCCUUCGUUUGGCGUGCCCCCGGCGAGAGCUUCCAGCUGCACGAGAGGAAGCAGACUCCGCCGAAUCCAAAGCGCCGGCUUUGGACUCCAAUCUGAAGGCAGAGCCGGGGGAUGGACUGAGAGAAGAGCUGAGACGCCUGGAGAAGGCGCCGUUGGACGACACGGCCAAGGAGGCCCUGCGAGACGCCUGCGCCGGGCUUGACGGCAGCUUCCAGGACGGCGGCUUCCUCAUAGGCGCUGCGGACACGGCCAAAGCUGCCGAAGUCACUGGGGAGGUGAUCAUUUUCAACACUGAGAAGGGCUACGGCGUGCUGCGCGACGAGAAGGGCUCAGAGGCCUUCUUCGCUGUCAGCGGCUUGGACGGCGGAGAGGUUUGCGUGGGCGACAAAGUGCGGUACCGGGAGGAUCACAGCAUGAUCGAGGGGCAGCUGUGUGCUGUGAACAUCCGGAAGGAGCCAUAA